ACCAACCAAGCUUUCAAUAUGGUCCUCUUCAGUAUCCUUAGAAUCCUUCUUGUUUGGGGACUCAUGAUUUUUGUGGAACACAAGGUCCAAAUGGCAAGGGUAAGGCAGUCUUCUAUUGCUCUCCCAGCCAAGGCCUCUACCUUGCCCCUGAUUCAGGAACUGCUAGAAGAAGUCCCUAGCAAGCAGCAGAGGAAGCCACGGCUCCUAGGGCAUCCCCUGCAGUACAUGCUAGAGUUGUACCAGCGUUCGGCUGACCUGCAUGGACACCCUAGGGAGAACCGCACCAUUGGCGCCACCAUGGUGAGGAUGAUAAGGCCCUUGACCCGUGUAGCAAGGCCUCUUAGAGGCCCCUGGCAUAUACAGACCCUGGACUUUCCUCUGAGACCAAACCAGGUAGCAUACCAACUAGUCAGAGCCACCGUGGUUUACCGCCAUCAAUUCCAUCUAGCUCACUUCCACCUCACCUGCCACGUGGAGCCCUGGGUCCAUAAAAGUUCAAUCAACCAUUUUCCCUCUUCAAAUGGAAGUUCUUCAGAGCCUUCCUUGCUGCACAAAUCCUGGACAGAGAUGGACAUCACACAACAUGUUUGGCAAAGACUCUGGAAUCACAAGGGGCGCAGGGUCCUACGACUCAGUUUUGUGUGUCAGAAGCAAAAAGGCAGUGAGGUUCUUGAGCUCCGGUGGCAUGAAACUUCAUCCUUAGAUACUGCCUUCUUGUUACUGUACUUCAAUGAUACCCACAAAAGUUUUCAGAAUUCCAGACAUCUCCCCAGAGGCCUGGAGGAGUUUAUGGACAGGGAGUCUCCUCCUCUUUUGCGGAAGGCUCGACAAGCAGGCAGCAUUGCAUCUGAGAUUCGUGGUCCCUCCCGGGGACAUGAUGGGCAUGAACAGAACUGGUGUUCCCUCCACCCUUUCCAGGUCAGCUUCCACCAGCUGGGCUGGGAUCACUGGAUCAUUGCUCCCCAUCUCUAUACCCCAAACUACUGUAAGGGGGCCUGCCCCCAGGUACUACACUAUGGUCUCAAUUCCCCCAAUCACGCUAUCAUCCAGAACCUUGUCAAUGAAUUGGUGGACCAGAGUGUCCCUCAGCCCUCCUGUGUCCCUUAUAAGUAUGUUCCCAUUAGCAUCCUUCUGAUUGAGGCAAAUGGGAAUAUCUUGUACAAGGAGUAUGAGGAUAUGAUUGCCCAGUCCUGUACAUGUAGGUAA